AUGACGCGGGGGAAGCAGAAGAUCGAGGCACAGCGGAAGAACGCGGAGCGCAAUCAGAAAUCCAAGGGCUCCCAGCUCGAGGCUCGCGCCGCGGCAUUCAAGAUUAAUUGCCCCAUCUGUAAGGUACCGCGAUUCUCCGCCCUCUGACUCUCCGUGAUGGCGUCUCCCGUCAUCCUCCUCCUCUCCCCAUCUCUUAUCAUCUCCUCAGCACCGCAGUCACCCGUGUGUGCUGUUCCAGGGCAAGUAUAGAUCGUACAUCUUUGCCUAAUGGAUAUUAACCUGCCUUUGUUUGAAUCUGUUUUACCUUCUUCAUGCCACAUCGGUCGUAGUUCUGUCCUACUUGAAGAAGAAUAUCUGUGAUCUCUUCCACGUUUGGGGUGAUCUGGGAGAGUGGGAACGUGCGUGAAGAGACCGGAAGUGGGAAGAGCGGGGGAUUGAGGCGAAAGAGAAACUGAGAAAGGGAGAGAUGGUGGGCGUAACGGUGUAGAGAGAGGAUGCCCGGGUAGAAGAUUGCUGGGGAGGUUGGAGGGGACUCCAUUGCAAUAGUAGAGGUGUCCAAUCCUGGAGAAUCUGGGAGAUCAGCUUCUCUGUUGGAAACUCUCGCACCGUUGGAGCUCUUCAUGAAACAGCAGUAUGGAUAAUGUGCGCUGAUGUUUAAUCUGACUGUGUACCACACGAGGGUUCAUGUUUGUUCUUGGUUUGGGACACUACAGAAAAUGACUGUUUGAUAUGUGUGUUCUAGAGAGGACGAAGGAUGAUACAGGUGGAUCUUCUUUAUCUCUGUUUCAGCAUCAUGUUCUGCAGUUGGAUUCCUCGCUCUGCUGACUUCUAACUUAUGACCUAUUUGCACUUUAGGAUCACCUUUUUUUCUUUUUUUAGUUGUAGACAUUCAUAGGCAUUGAGAAAGCUCUAGUGAGAUAUGCGGUGAUAAAGGAUGAUCUUGGCCAUGGGAUUUUCUGCAAACCAAAGAGGUGAAUAAAGCUCAUGCAAAACCAAUUAGCAGUAGAUAAACUGAAGCUAAUUUGUGGGGUUCUUCAUGCUUGCGUUCAGCAACAUAACCUAGUGACAUAACCUACUGAUGAUAUUCGUCUUUCUACGUUUUUUGAAGGCCAUCUAUAUAAUUCUUUGAUUCAUUUCCUUUCAAAGGUAUUUAUUUAGUAUAUGAACUUGAGUUUAUCUUGGAUAAUUAAAAUAUGUAAAAUGAAAACGUAGGCUCCCGAGUCCUAGGCUGAAUAUUUCUUGUUGCUUGAUAGCUUCUCGUUGUUCCAAUGUUAGUGAAGAAACAGGCGACAUACUAAAAUUUUCCAAUGUUUGAUGUGUCAAAACUCUGUUUGAAGAAAGAAAAUUUUCCUUCUGUUUUUUUUACUUUUAAUGUGUUUGGUCUCACAAUCGAAUCUCAUCAUAAACAUCUAUAAAUAAAUGUGAAUGACCCAAAAAUUGUGUUCAAUGACUGUUAAUCGUGCAGACUUAACCUAUGCAUUAUGGUUUCGCAUCGGCUUGACAGGUUAAGGAUAGACGUCCUAUGCCUAAAUAUGUGACCUUCGAAAUUCAGGUGUUUGAGUAAGGAUUUUGUCUCCAAAAUCUUCCUGUGAAGAUUGGGGCUGUAGGUCUGUUGUGUGGCAAAGUCAGUCAAGGUGAUACUGUCAUGAUGUCCAUAACACCUAUGUCAAAUUCUUAAGGCAUCUAAUCAUGUUGUACGAAUCAUUGAAGUGCUUCUAUGGUAUGUCUUUUGAUGAGAUGAGGUCUCAAUAGUUAUCUUGACUUGUCACAGUUUAUGGCCUCAAGCUCAAGGUUUUUGUUUGGUUUUUGAAAGGGCUUUUUAAUAAAGCCUUGAUGUACAUGGGAGCCGAAGAUCCCAAAUUUCUGUAAUUUUGUUAAUAAUUCGAAAAUCCUAGUAUCAAUUUCAAAAGAGCCCAAUGCUGUCUCAUUGGGUGAUGGGCCCAACAGGUUGGUUCAUCCAAGUGUACUUAAAGGGGGUCUCCACUUUUCCUAAGAAUGAGAACUUGAGAAUUGAAGGUGGCGAAUGUUGAAAAUAACUUCUUGAUCUCUAUACACAUGUUCAAACCUGUAGGCAAUACAUUAAUUAUGUCAUACUUGCAGAUUUAUGUCAGACUGAAAAGUUUAUGUUUUACAAAAGAAGAAUCUUCGAUGGAUCGAAGUUGGGAGCAACCUUGCAUUGGCCUAUGCCUCUUUUUUCUUAUUUCCUUUCAUUCUCUUCAAUUAUUGCCCCUUUCACUUCUCCGUUGAUUAGUAGAAUGCACAAGAUUCAUGUUGUCAACUAUCCUCACCAGUGUUAUUGCCAUCUUACUCUCUCUGUAUGUAAUUUUCCAUUGAACCAAGCGAGGAAACAGUAGUUGCUGCUUAUUUUACUGGGAGGGCCAUCUGUUUCAGGUCCAACUAGCAAACCACAAUCAGCUCGUGGACCACUAUGGGUCGAAGCAUCCAAAGGAGAAACCCCCAAACGACUCGGGUUGA